AUGCUGCCUGUGCCUGUGCUACCCGUGCCUGUGCUGCCCGUGCUUGUGCUGCCUGUGCCUGUUGCUGCCCGUGCAUGUGCUGCCCUGUGCUGCCUGUGCCUGUUGCUGCCUGUGCCUGUGCUGCCCGUGCCUGUGCUGCCCGUGCCUGUGCUGCCUGUGCCUGUUGCUGCCCGUGCCUGUGCUGCCCUGUGCUGCAUGUGCCUGGUGCUGCUCGUGCCUCAUGCUUGCGCCCUCGUGCGCUCUGCUACUGUCUGCGCCCUCGUGCGCACUGUUUCUGCUCUCCCCCCCCCCCCCCCGUUUGCGGCUGUCGCUGAGGGGGGUGGUUGA